AUGUCGUCCAUGCUCCUCCCGAACACCGCUGCGCAGAUACUGCGCAAACGGUCGACUCCCUGGCCGUUUCACGCCGCGCAGAGCAUGCGUACGCUGCAAGAUGUUUUGUUUUUCGUCAUAAGCAGCUUCGUCUCAGCGCGCGCCUACUUACCGGACUAA